AUUACAAUGAUCAAUUUGGUUUCAGUCUGAACUUACACUAACUUACACUAACUUACACUAAUCAUCUCCGACUCUACCGCAAAGGAAUGUGGUAAUUGUGACGGUAUUUACAGUUUACAGUCCAAGUGAGCGAGAUUAAGUGAGCGAGAUAUGAUUUGCAGGUAAAUUCAACGGCCAAUCCUUAGUGCCUCUCUCUCCCGCUUCUCAUCCUUCACAAUGAGGGCAUUUCGCGCUCGCCCAGUUCUUGGCGGCGCGGUGUCGGGUUACAUUCCUUGGUCCCACUCGACUGUUCACUCGACUGUUCGAGUGUCGUCGUCGUGUCCGUUCCGGGCUAUUAGCAGUUCUUCGCGAAGACGAGACGUGAGUGCAAACCACGUGCGACCGUCUAUACGAUUCAGUAUACGAUUCGGAUCCUUCGUCGGUCGUCCCUAUAGCAUCGAUCAUAAGGCUUCUAAAUCACCACCUUUCGCUUUUGCCUUUGAUAUCGAUGGAGUCCUUCUCCACGUUGCAAAGCCGAUCCCCGGCGCGACGCAGACCUUAGAGUUCCUCCAGAAACACAACAUCCCGUUCAUCCUGCUAACCAACGGCGGCGGCAAGCACGAGACGGAACGUGUAGCGGACCUAAGCGCCCGCCUUGGCGUCGAGCUGUCUACGGAUAACUUCAUCCAGUCGCACACGCCCUUCCGGGAGCUAGCCCGCGGCAGCGAAGAUGGCCUCCGCGACAAGAACAUUCUCGUCACGGGUUCCGACGCCGCCAAAUGUCGUGUUAUCGCCGAGCAGUACGGCUUCCGGCACGUCAUCACCCCCGCGGACAUCCUAGCGGCCCACCCCACAGUCUGGCCCUUCGACCCGCUCAUGGAGGAACUCUACGCAAAAACAGCGCGCCCGCUGCCGUCGCCAAACCCCAAAAUCGACGCUAUAUUCGUGUUCAACGACCCGCGCGACUGGGCCCUCGACAUCCAGCUCAUCCUCGACCUGCUCAUGUCGAAAGACGGCGUCCUCGGGACCUACUCCCCGCGCAACGGGCUCAAGGACCUGCCGAACGGCGGGUGGCAGCGCGACGGCCAACCAGCCCUCUUCUUCUCGAAUCCGGAUUUGUUCUGGGCGGCGGCAUACCCGCACCCGCGGCUCGGCCAGGGCGCGUUCCAGGCCGCGAUCGCGGGGAUCUGGAGGGAAGUCACGGCGGGCGCGGCGGAGCUCGAGCGCGUUACGAUUGGUAAACCGCACGGGAUGACGUAUGAGUUUGCGGAGCGCGUGCUUAAUGCGCAUCGGGCGGCGGUGCUUGGUUUGGACCCGGAAAGGGAGGGGCAGAGACAAGGACAAGGGGCGUUGGAAAGGGUGUAUAUGGUUGGGGAUAACCCGGCGAGCGAUAUCCGCGGGGCAAACGAGUACGAGAGCCCCGAGGGCACGGAGUGGAAGUCGGUGCUUGUGCGUACGGGGGUCUGGAGCCCCGAACGAGGGGGGAAUCCGGCGUUUAGGCCGAGGGUUAUUGUUGAUGAUGUUAAGGGGGCGGUGGAGUGGGCGUUAGAGCAGGAGGGGUGGAAGGGGAGGAUUUGAUGGGGGGUGGUGAGAGUGGAGGGAGUAGUAUGAAUACGAAGAUAUGAAUAUGCGUAUGAGUACCUAAGGUAACUAUGGGUAUGAGUAUAAGUGAGUAUAGUUAUGUGAAGUUGUUAAGUGAAGCUGUGGAAUUGUGUGUGAAGGUUGAGAUUAAAGAGACUAUGGUUGAUCUCUAUCUAGUUACACAUUACGCUAUUUACGGAUUUAAAUGUAUAUGUUCCAGUUAUGACGACUCCUUUUCAUUGUUCUUUCCAUUAUGAUAUAGAGAUUAUUAUUGCCUUCCGUGACGGUUACUAAUAAGCCUUGAAUUAUAGAUGGCUUGUUUAACGUAAGUAUUUGAUAUAACUAUGAAUAUUAAGUAUAUAGUUGUAUUACCUUUGCUAGUUAUUAUAGAAGUUGAUUGAAAUUAGCUAUUUGUAUAAGUCAGGAGACCUUGAAUUCUAAGAUCUCUAACCUAAUGCGUAUGUCACUUAUAUAUCAAGUCUAUCUUAAUUAUAGUUGUCAGCUUACCCGAAUAGUG